AUUGUGAUCUCUUUGGUGUUUAGUUAAUGUUUGAUAUGCCACAAGAUAUAGAAAGCGUAGAUUACAUAUUAGUCUCAUUGCUUCAGCGGUUCCAUGUGGAGCACAUCUCUGCUUUCUCUGCUUCACUUGUGCUUUACCAUUAGCUCACCUGACCUUGGUGUGUAGCUUAAUUUUUACCUGUCUGCCCUUCUUUCUUUUCUUCAUUUGGACCAGUUGGAGUUUGUCUUGAUCAGCUGUUUGUUCUGAGUUACCUGGGAGACUUCUGGUAGUUUUUCACCUUUCAGGUUUGUCAGGAAAGUCAUGGGCAGUUGGUUGAAGUGGCUGUGGUACCACAGAAACUACAUCAUCAUUAUCGUCACGCCAAUUGUACUCCUUCCUCUGCCACUCAUCAUCCCUACAUUGCAAGCAAGAUGUGCUUAUGCUAUCAUCCUCAUGGCUCUGUACUGGUGUACAGAGUGUAUGCCUCUGGCUGUGACUGCCCUACUGCCAGUCGUCCUCUUCCCUAUGAUGGGCAUCAUGAAGGCUGGAGCGGUCAGUAUUGAGUAUCUGAAAGACUCUAACAUGCUGUUCAUUGGUGGCCUGUUGGUGGCCAUCGCAGUGGAGCACUGGAACCUUCAUAAGCGCAUCGCUCUCCGAGUUUUGCUGCUGGUUGGCGUUCGUCCAUCCCUGUUAAUGAUGGGCUUCAUGAUGGUGUCGGCCUUCCUGUCCAUGUGGAUCAGCAACACGGCCUCCACAGCCAUGAUGCUGCCCAUCGCCCAGGCUGUGCUGCAGCAGCUGAAAGACACAGAGGCCCAGGCGGACGCACGAGAUUUCCAGGCUGCAGCCGAGGACAACCAUGCAUUUGAGCUCGAGAUGAAACAAACUAAAGAGGAAAUGAAAGGCGAGAAACAGCCAGACACCAAGUCUCAGCUGGAGGACAGAGUGUAUGAACAUGAGUGGAAUCCAGAGUCACCGCAGGAGUCCAGGAGAAAAGCAAUGGAGGCGAAGUACGAGCUCUUGACCAAAGGGAUGAGUCUGAGUGUGUGUUACUCUGCCAGCAUCGGGGGCACGGCCACGCUCACUGGCACGACUACUAACCUCAUCCUUAAGGGUCAAAUCGACGAGCUCUUCCCUGACAAUGGUGAUGUGAUCAACUUUGCCAGCUGGUUCGGCUUUGCUUUUCCCAACAUGGUGCUCAUGCUGGUGUUGACCUGGCUCUGGCUUCAGUUUAUAUUCCUGGGAUUCAACCUGAAGCAGUCAUUUGGCUGCGGCGUGAAAUCCGACAGAGAUAAGGAGGCGUAUGCGGUGAUGAAGCAGGAGUACAAUAAGCUGGGUCCCAUGAAGUUUGCUGAGGUGGCGGUGCUCACCAUCUUCGUCCUGCUCGUGAUCCUGUGGUUCACCAGGGAGCCGGGCUUCAUAGACGGCUGGGCAACAGUGCUCUUCAAUAAGGACGGAGCGUUUGUGUCAGAUGGAACUGUUGCUAUCUUAAUGUCGAUGCUCUUCUUCGUCAUUCCCUCCCAGCUGCCCAAGUGUGGAGGCUACGGUUACAAUGACGCAGGUAAGAUGGUGAAGGCUCUUCCCACUCUGCUGAACUGGCAGGUUGUCCACGAGCGAAUGCCCUGGAACAUAAUCCUGCUGUUGGGAGGAGGCUUCGCUCUGGCUGCCGGCAGUGAGGAGUCAGGUCUGUCCAAGUGGUUAGGAGAGAGCUUGGUACCUCUGGAGAAAAUUCCCCCCUUUGCCAUCUCGUUGCUGCUCUGCCUGCUGGUGGCGACAUUCACUGAGUGCUCCAGUAACACAGCCACUACCACCCUGUUCCUGCCCAUACUGGGCUCAAUGGCCACAGCUAUUAAGAUACACCCGCUGUAUGUGAUGCUGCCCUGCACCAUCGCUGCCUCUCUUGCCUUCAUGCUGCCUGUGGCGACACCACCCAACGCCAUCGCCUUCUCGUUUGGAAACCUCAAAGUCAUGGACAUGGUGAAAGCUGGCUUCAUGCUGAACCUCAUUGGGAUUUUGACCAUUAAUAUAGGCAUCAACACCUGGGGAUACGCCAUGUUUGACAUGGGCACCUUCCCUCAGUGGGCCAACACUACACAUACCCAACCUUGAGUAAGGGAGGAUGGAGAUGGAGAAAGGGAAUUGGAUUUUAAAGCCCCCGAAAGCUCGUCUUCAAAUUAUCCGUAUUUCUCUAUAAUAUAUAUUCAUGACUAAAUAAGCAACAAUCAAAGUAAAAAAACAAAAAAUUAUUUUUGUAUUAUUUAUUAAGAGUUUAACAGUCAAAAACUAAGCUAAUCUGCUUCAUCAGGACUGUGUGGUGGUAGUUUGAUCAGAUUUAAUUGAGAGUGACAGGAACGACCCACCAACUGUCAUCAGAUUCUCAUUCAAAUGUCGCUCAAUCCUGAUUGGUACAUGGAAGUACGUGACAUCACCUUUUUCUUACCGAGUCCCGCCCACUUCAAACCAACGAGAAGAGCACUGACAUCUCUCGAGUGAGAUAAACUGUUUAAACUUUGGAAGAAAAUGUGUGUGUUCAUGUAGGAUCCCAUCAGUAGUAAGAAGCUGAUUGAGAAAAAAGGUUUACAGGGCCUUUAAAGGAACGAAGAGAAAGCCACUUUGAAUUUCAAGAGCUGUAGCAGAAGCUUUGAUUAUUAUUAUAGAAAGAAGGGGAGUAAAUGAAAGGUUGGUUACAGUGAAUUUGGGAAAGAAAAUAAAAGUUUAAAGAUGAAACUGAUCCAAAAUAAAAUACCAUUUAGACCCAGUUUCACUCAGCAGUGGUGCACUACCACAUCUGAAUCAAUGUUUUAAUUAUAAACAAACCUGUUGGUUGUAAAACCAGGACUGGAUUUACAACCAAAACUGAGCUCAACUUGAGCACUAUCAGACUAUUAGCUUUAUUAUUAGACAGACUCUCCUGUUAGUGUUCAGUACUUCCUCGUGUCAUUCCAGUGACCAUUAGAAAAGACUGAGGCCAUUUCCUUGUACACAUUUCCCUGAAUGUGAUGUCAUCUAUUUAUCACUCACAAAUAAUUUAAAGAUGCAGUGCACUAUGUGUUUGAGUGAUUAUUCAAAAAUAAUGUGAUUAUUCUGAGUGAUGUUGUGUUUCCAGACAAUGUGUAAAUGAGCUGAAAUUGAAUUAAUUGUAUCAGUUAAUUUAACUUAUUACAGUGGUCCUUUUGUUGGACCUUAAAUCUUUGUUUUUUGUUGCAUAUUUAAUUUUUUUAUCAGUGUUUCUGUCACAUUGUUUUUACCAUGAAGAAGCAUUGACUUUAUAUUUAUCUUGUAAUUUGUAAACGUCAAAGUGGCAUACUUUAUCUGUAUAUCGUCAAGGGAACAUUUUAAUCUUAAAUUGCAAAUACGCUCCUUAGAUGAAGGAAGGCGGAAGUUAUUAAAGGAAUAGGAAUUUGGGAAAUAUACUUAUUCAUUUUUUUUUGCUGAGAGAAGAUCGAUACCACUCCUAAAAUUGUACGGUAAAUGUGAAACCACAGCCAGCAGCUUCUGGCUAUAGCUUAGCUUAGCAUAAAGAUUGGAAACAAGGGGAAAUGGCUAGCCUAGCUCUUUCCUAAGCUAAAAAAAAAACAAACGAAGAAUGCCUACCUACUCACAAAUUAACAGUUUAUAUCUUGUUCUUGUUUGUUUAAUCUGUACAAAAACAGAAGUGUGAAAAUGUUAUGUACCGGAUUAUUUCUUGACCGGGUGCAGUGACUUCCUGGAGUGCCCAAGCCACAUAGCCCCCCGUAAAACCAAAACUUGACAUUUUACACUUUGGUUUUUGCAUGGAUUAAACAAAGAAGAUACAAUUUAUUAAUUCGUGAGCAUUAGAGAUGAUAGUUUCUUUUACCUUCAGACAGUGCCAGCCUAUCUGUGUUCUCGUUUUUCCAGUAUAGUAUGCUAAGCUAAGCUAGCCAUCUCCUAGCGCCAGCUUCACACUGAACGGACAGACAUCGGAGUGGUAUCAAUCUUCUCAUCUAACUCUCGGCAAGAAAGCAAACGUAUUUCCCAAAAUGGCAAACUAUUCCUUUAACAGAUCCACUCAAGUAAUUAGGUGGACAUGUACGCAAAAUGCAGGUGACACUGAAAAACAUCCUUUGCAUUGAGGAAGGUAAAGCGCACAAAUUAGUAGCAGGAAGGUGUUACUAUUAUUGUGUAAAGUGAGUACAGAUGAAAAAGUUGGUUGAAGGAUAACUUUGAGAUAAGAGGCUGCCAACAGGAUACGAUCAGGGUCAGUCUCUAUAGUGGUUAUUACAGGUGAAUGUAAUAAACUGAAAAUGUAGGAGAGAGACAGAACGUCCUAGCAGAGUAAUGUGUUUCCCGCUCAUUGCAACUGUUUGUAUUCUGAAAAUAAAGCAUCAUCAUGUGAACAAGUG